AACACACAUGGCGAACGAACACAACAUCCGGCGAUGAUAGAGAAGAACAAUAAGACCUGUACGGCGGGUAGCGAAGAUAUCUGGGGUAAAUCGCGACCACGCGACGUCCGCAUCCAAAUCUACUUCUCCCUGACGCUCGGUCUGGCAGCUUUCCUGGCUUUCUGCAUACUCCGUCCGCGAUGGAAAGGCCUUUAUGCUGCACGAAAGAAGCAGAACGACUUGGCGACGGCGCUCCCUGAGCUUCCCGACAGUCUCUUUGGCUGGAUCAUACCGCUAUGGAAAAUCACAGACGAACAGGUGCUGGCAUCUGCGGGCCUGGAUGCAUACGUUUAUCUUGCUUUCUUCAAGAUGGCCAUCAAAUUCCUGCUCGUAACGCUCUUCUUCGCUUUGGCCGUCAUUAAACCAGUACACGACACCCACCAGGAUAAGGAGGGGAAACUCCCGCAUCUAGGUGAUGGCAAAAGCGUCGCUGAACAUAUCGAAGCACGCUCACUUUGGACGACGCUGUCGCAUGACCACGAAUACUACACAGACUACCUCUGGAUGUACCUCGUCUUUGUGUACCUGUUCACCGCACUCAUACUGUAUCUGAUCGUAUCUGAGACGAGGAGAAUAAUCGACAUACGUCAGGAGUAUCUUGGCAGCCAAACAACCAUCACAGACCGCACCAUCAGACUAUCAGGAAUUCCGCUCAAUCUCCGGUCCGAAGACAAGAUCAAGGAGUUUAUUGAAGAUCUUGGAAUAGGGCAGGUUGAGAGCGUUACCGUCUGUAGAGACUGGAAAGAGCUGGAUGACAAGGUGGUCCAGAGACAUGCCAUUCUGAGGAAACUUGAAGAGGCCUGGACUGUUUACCUUGGGAAUCGAAGUGUUGGGCGAAGCAUGGAAACCUUACCCAUAGUUCAGCCACAUCCACCAGAGCACGAAGAUGAUGACAUCCAUGGCAAUGACAGUGAAACGGGUCAUCUACUGAAUGGCACGGACAGAGACCCGGAUCAUAUUAGUUUCCAUACUCGACGACGUCCAACGACAAAGCUAUGGUACGGUCGCUUCAAACUGAGGUACCACUCCGUUGAUGCCAUCAACUAUUAUGAGGAGCAACUGCGCACAAUAGACGACGAAAUUAAGCUUCUUCGGAAGCGCGAUUUCAAACCUACUCCGCUGGCGUUUGUGACCAUGGAUAGCGUCGCAAGUGCCCAAAUGGCGAUCCAGGCCGUGCUAGAUCCAUCUCCACUUCAGCUUCUUGCAAACACCAGUCCGGCACCCUCCGAUGUCGUCUGGUCGAACACUUAUCUCUCCCGAAGUCAAAGGAUAUUUCGCUCUUGGUCGAUCACCUUUUCAAUCGGAGUGCUCAGCAUCUUCUGGACCGUUGUACUCGUCCCCAUCGCCGGCGCCUUGAAUACUUGUUCUAUUAACGAAGUCUUUCCUGGGUUAGCGGCUAUACUGGAUAGCCGCGUAAUCAUUCAGUCCCUUGUCAAUACUCAGUUACCGACCCUAGCGCUCUCUCUGAUCAAUGUGCUUGUGCCAUUUCUCUACGACUGGUUGGCGAAUAACCAAGGAAUGAUCUCGCAGGGCGAUGUCGAACUUUCUGUCAUCUCCAAAAACUUCUUCUUCACUUUCUUCAACUUCUUCAUUGUCUUCACCAUACUGGGAACCGCUUCUGGAUUGGUGGAUAUGUUAACACGCUUCGGAGAGAAGCUAACGAGCGCCACGGAAAUUGCGUACGCCUUAGCCAGGUCACUUUCGGAUCUGCUAGGCUUCUACACGAACUUCAUCAUCUUGCAAGGGUUCGGACUAUUCCCCUUCCGCUUGCUGGAAUUUGGUGCCCUCUCUUUGUAUCCUGUCUAUUUGAUUGGAGCCAAGACGCCUCGAGACUACGCGGAACUGGUUCAGCCUCCAGUCUUUAGCUAUGGUUUCUUCUUACCUCAAACAAUCUUGAUAUUCAUCAUCUGUAUGGUUUAUAGCGUCCUGAGAGACUCAUGGCAGGUCCUACUCACAGGCUUGGCAUACUUCAUGAUAGGCCAUUUCGUCCACAAGUAUCAGUUGCUAUACGCAAUGGAACAUCGUCAACAUUCGACCGGUAGAGGAUGGACUAUGAUGUGCGAUCGUGUCAUCGUAGGGGUUAUUCUCUUCCAAGUUACUGUUGCCGGCCAGCUAGCUUUGAAAAAGGCAUUCCGGCGGGCUAUCCUGAUAGCGCCACUGGUCAUUGCUACGUUAUGGUUCCUUUACGUCUUUUCGCAGAAGUACCGACCUCUGAUGGAAUUCAUCGCUCUGCGAAGUCUACGCAACCCAGAGCAGUCUGAUCUUGGGCGCGAUAUACAGGAAGAGGCUGUUUCGUCUAGCCGUGAAGGACAACGGAGGCGAGUGGGACGUCUUACGUUGGAUGAGGCAAGGGAAAGGGGGCUUCGAUUUGUGAACCCGAGCCUGAUAUUGCCUAGUACUAAAACCAACGACUCUUGGUUCCCCUUUCUCGGUUUUCAUCAACACACUGUACCUCCGACUGGGGGUGCUACAACGACGUCUUCUCAGAUCCAUCUUUCGCGGGGAGUAGCCGGAACGAAAUCCGAAUCAACCCUUCCUGUGUUCAAUCUCGAGCCUCUCCAGGUUACAUCGUGUCACCAGUCAUCAGCUACUCGAAGACUAUCUCUUAGCCCACACCAACUUCCAGACAAACACUUGAUGUACACGUCAAAACAGAUGUGUGUGUCUUCGCAGCCCACAACUUCAAGUUUGCCAAUAUUGAAUGGGUUAUCGACAACAACAUUGAACGAUGUGAAGGACAGCCAAACAUCGUACACCAAACGGUCAGAAGUCCUCCGCUAUGUCUUUCCUCGUCCAUCGCGUAACAAUAUACCCCAAAAUCGACAAGUUGCACCUCGAGUUACAAAAUUGGACUUUUCCAGGCACACCCUCUCGUCCACGAAACAGUCUAGGCCACGAACUGCGUUCCACCGAGCAAUCACUUCAUUCUUUGGCAACAAUCCCGACCGAAACACACAGGUUGACAUUCCUCUCGCCAGGUCUAGAACUUCGAGCUUUGGUUCGAAGUUAGGGUCUUCUGCAUUCGGGUCAGUGCCUAGUCUUGACUUCGUGUCAACCACUGCAUUCUUAUUUAGUGGACCAAGUCUUCAUUCUGCUGGAUCUUUCAGCAAUUCCACUUCCCGCCUGCCAAGUCUCAUGGAAUCACGUAGCCAGAACCAGUCGUUACGUCGCGAGUAUACAGGAUCGUUUUCUAUGCUCGACAAUAUCAGCAUACAAGAUGAGGGUAUAAUUGAGCCUGUCGCUGGAAGAGGUAUCAUACGAACCAUGCCGGACGUUCUGAUGGGUGUUGACACGCCGGUUGACGAGUCGGAGACUCUACUAUUACGAUACCUAGAUACUCCUGCUUGGAAGGCAUUGAGACUGACUAGUCGUGCAUGGCAUAACACUCUCAAUAUCGUCGCACCUCCAAAAUUUCCAGCGUCUUAUCGUCUACCUUUUGAGAUUGUGCAGCAGGUUUACGGCUAUCUUGGUCCCAAAGACUUCAACGCCGCUCGCCACACUUGUCGAAACUGGAUGGGAGCAAGCUUGAAUAAGAGUUUGUUAAUCGCAAUCUUGAAAAGAGGCGGAUGGUCAAGCACCGUUCAUGAUGACCUUGAAGGAAGGAAUCGUGAUUUUAUGUACCGCCGCACAGCGAGUCUUCCAAGUGACGAAUGGAUCCUCAGCCGUUACAUUUCGCGAGAGUGUACAUUAUCCUCAGGCUGGACCGGUAAUGGGAUGGAUAUCAGAUCGGCUAUCGUGGAAAGCGCUGAAACGGACUUCUCAGAGAUGGCCAAAGGCUAUACUAUUAGCAAUGGUCGGGAAAGUGGUGGCCUGAUCUUCACGACAAGUAUAUGUGGACACUUCCUGUUGGUUGCAAGGGAUGCACUGAUAUACAUCUACGACUUGAGAGGCGGCUCUUUAGUGCCAGUUACUAGCGUCGUAUGUCCUAGACGAGUCCUCUCCAUGAGUAUGGAUGUGUCCUCUGGUCGGAAUGCGGUCGCUACUCUCCUUGAGGGAAGGAUGGGUAUGGUGUGCGAACUGCGAUACGGUUGCCGACCUGGAGACGAAAGUCUGGCUGAGGUAGACGCCGAAAGCAACAAGCAUUCGUCUCAAACCUUUACAAAGACACCAACAUUCGCCAGCCACGCCAGCGAGUUUGAAAGCGGCUUGAAUUCUGCAGCACACGUGUCAUCCAGAGUACGCAACAGCACUUCGAGCGUGCAGGAGCGAGAGUCAGAUCCUUUCGAUGCUAUCGACGUACACUCGAGCCACCAGGAGGUUAGCCUCCAGGGAGCGAACGAUUGCCGUACGUAUCAUCGGAACCUCAUCAAUCAGACAUGGAACCUGGAUCUCCAUGGGCCUCCGACAGAAUUAACAAGCAAGGUUAAUAUUACGGCAGGAUCUUAUACUAAUAACAUCCCUGUCGAGAGUGGUACCUCGACGUUCUACAGACAUCUUUGCUCUGAAGACGAUCCACCUAGGAGCGUUUCAAUAUGCCCACAACGUCGCUGUGUCGCAUUCGGCUGCUCCGCUGGGAUUGAGCUACAUUGGAUCGAUGCACUUACAGGCCAAAGUUUGAGCCGCUGGUUUCCCCUCACAGCACCAAGCGACUACCUAUAUUUCUUAUCUCCUCGCCCUGGUUUUGAAUCGGCAAAGAAACUACGUCUCAUUUCUAGCGCUGCUCAUCCUGACGAUCGACCUGCGAUUAGUCGUAGGUUUUUCUUCGGACGGCCUACUGUAAGUUCCUUUUGGGGUUCCUUCGGAUUUGAGUCGAACUCCCGCCGAUCACCAAGCUGCGACCACUACCACGCCAUCCCCUUGAGCGACGGUCAUCAUGUUCUGUUUGUAGAUCCACCGACGGGAAAACUGUCACUAGGAUGUGACGCACCACUCGGAGGACCUACCAAACUACUGCGCAAAGUCCUAUUCAUUCCUCCAGAAGAGAAAGCAGUCCCAAGAACUUAUAUUGCGGCCGCAGAUAUGUCUUGGGGUGCUCGUGUGGUAGUAGUAUAUGGCGAUACCAUUAUGCUGUAUAGCGUCCCCCCUGAUGUUUGCAAACUGUCCCAGCUCGAGCAGAAGGCAGAAAGCCGGGACCCCUCGGCUUUCGACCCUACGAACCGUUGUGAAGCCAGCAAAAAUAUUUGGCCGAUUGCUAUCCGCGGCACUGAGAUUGGCAAACUUCCCAGCAUCUGCGAACUCGCAAUCCAAACCCAGCCAAAUAUUCAAAUUUGGGCUUUUACAAACACGUUUCAGUGCAAAGUCUGGCGUCUUCACAACUACAUCGACCCAGUUAUCCGCUCGAAACACUACAUUCGCAGCGACGGCCUGGUGUACACUUCGCAUUUCAUCGAUGAAGAUAGAGACAUCAUCAUAAGAGAUGCGCCGUCAUCUUCGCGCGCCAAUGUCGCAGCCGAUUUUCAUGUUAUUAGUUGCAAGGAUGAGUAUCCCAGGGCAGAGAGAUGUGUCAUUGCAGGCUUCGAUGGCAAUGCCUCAGGUGUGUUGAAGAAGAUUCCGAAGGCGCUUGCUGUUGAAAACGAUGCGUGGGUGGACUUUUUGGAUAUUAGAGGUUGUUCGGACGCGUGGUUUGAGGAGAAUGGAGAUGUCAUGGUUCGGUGUGGGCAGUCGGAGGUGAGGUGUUGAGGUGGGCGAGGACAGACGAUUGUGGUUUAGGG